AUGGGUUUGGGUUUGAGUAUUAUAGCAGUGAUAAUACCAGCUUAACUAUUUAAAUUUGAUCUUUAUAAUGAUGUUAUAUUCAUUUUGAAUGCAUUCAAUUGCGAAGAGAAUAUCAUUUUUAUUAUAGCUCUAAUAACUACUGUUACAACUUAAUCAUAUUUUCUAUUUAUGUUAUUUUCUUAGCUUGCCAAAAAAUUAAUUCAGUCAGAAAUCUAAACUAAAAUAUUAUCAACUAAAAUCAUAACAGAAUAUAUUAGAGGAGUUUUUAGGUCUGAAUGCUGCUAUUUCAACAUUACUUGA